AUGACUCUGAUAGAGGAUUUGGAGGAUUCGAGUCUUAGGGUUCCGAUGUCCAUAUCAAAGGUGACUGGAAUCCUCUUGAGCCUGGGCAUCAACGACGAGCUGAACGCGCUCUUCGAUAGCCUGAGCUCGGAGGACUCUUUCUUGCGCAGACAAGAUGAGGUCCUAGAACGCAUCUCCCUGCAAGACCAGAACGAAUACAGCAUCUGGUCCGACUCAAUCUUCCUGCCCUUGCUGUUUGCUAGCCUUGCACAGUCUACACGCCCAUGUGACGUGCUGGAGUGCGUCCAAAACUGUCAAGCGAAGCAUGCGGCAGAGUGGGGAAACAAAAAGGCAACAGGAAGGUACCUGAUAGAGCAGUACCGAAAGUCAAAUCAGGCACCCAAGGCCUUUGCGCAGCACUUCCCUAUCGAAAGAUCUUUGGAAGCUGCCAAGACCUGGAUCCAGGGCUCGCUGAACAGCUCUGAGCGAUGUUUGUCCACGUGGAGCAAGCUCAACGCAAGCCCAGACGUGUACUUCAUGGACCUCUCGGUCGGUGACGUGCAGGAACAAGAAAUGUUCAAGCUGUUGGCGGGGCCUGACGGGAGCUGGAUUCGGGUGGUUCGCAUCAACGAGGGCAAGGAUGACCAGGACCGCACGCUGGGGUUGCUGGUGCUGCUGUCAGCCCCGGAGGAGAUCAAGCUCCUGAUGGAAAAGUCGGAUGAGCUGGAGAAGGAGAUCAUGGAGCAGGACUGCUCUGAGCGCCCCGCAAGGAUUGAGCUACGAGGAAGGGGAGGGUGCAAUCGGUACAGAACAGCAAUCGAGAUCGAGAUCGUGGAUCUGAGUGACCUGACGGAACAGGAGUUCCUGGAUGAGGUCAGGAAGGCAUUUCGAUGCAACACGCGGACUAGCCCUGUUGGAAUUCAGCUGGACAAGAUCGAAAAGAUCCAACUGGUGGAGGUUGACAUACCUGGGGUGACGGAAGGGGAGCCGAUUGGGGACGACUACUUCGAAAAGAUAGUGCGACUGUACAGAAAAGCUGAGAGCGGCAGCAGGGAGCAAGGGAGCCAACUGCUGUUGAAGUUCGAGGUCUGGGCGACCAAGGUUGCAUCGGGCGAGGAGAGCGAGGAGAACGAGGAGGCUGAAGCAGAGGAGGUUCAGGAGAUCGACCCGCUGGGGGUGGUGCAUCCCGAGCAAAGAGCAGUGGCUCGCAGGAUCCUUGGGAGGCUCAAGUAUGUUUUGGAAGGGAGGGGGUAUGAGCUAUCUCAGUUCAAGAAGCUUGACUUUGCCGUCUUGCUGCCCAACUUCGUGUCGUUGAAGCAGCAGACGGAGGCUCGCAUGCAGGCGACCUUGUACCCCAACAUGGACGUAGACGUAGACAAGAAGGUGGUCCCGCUGCAGGCGAACCCAGUGAUGUCGCUCAAGAAGAAAAUCCUGAAGCUCGACAGCAGCACGCUCUUCGUCCUCAUCUCCGACGAGUCUCACUGGGCGCUGAACAAGGACAGCCCACAGGACCUCAUCGUGAACGAUCCAGACCUCGUCAAGAAGGCCAACUUCGUCGUCCUCCAGGUCAGCGCGACGCCUUUCGCCAACCUGACCCACCACAGCCGGAUACCCGAGCUGUACGUCCGCUUCAAGGACGACGAUCCUCACAGUGAUGUCGUGGGCACCUUCAACUACUCUCAGGACAUGCGACAGCGGACUGACUUGCAGGAGCUGCACGUUGUCAAGUGGAACCUGAGCUCGCAGCCCAGCCGGUCGACCUACUUCAGGCUCGAAGACUUUCUGCGCACCAUGCCGUCGCCCACGCUGCUUCACUGCAUCCUGGAGCAGGAGCAGGAGCAGGAGCAAAAGCAGCACCGGAGCAGUCGGGCCCGGCGAAACCUGAUCAGAGGGGACGAUGCUCUGUGCAGCCUGAUGCCCAGCAGCAGCCAGAAGCGGAAGAAGGACGACCCAGUGCGUGAAGACUACUGGAUCGUCGACUUCCUCUUCUCCAUGCUCUACUUCCAUCACAUCCGAUGGGACAGGGAAGCCAAGAGCCUCAAGCCGCUUCCCGGGGACAAAGACGACCUUCGGGAGGAAGUGGCUUCUUUCAACGAGAACGGCCUCGAGAAGGAGUUCCUGCGGUUGGCGGUGCAGGGGAACAACCCAAGGCUGAUGAUGGUAGCAAUGGAGUACUUGAAAGCAGUUGAGAAGGAGCUGGAGGCCGAUGACGAUGAGUUGUUCAAGUCAGCGUUCGUGUUGAAGCUCAAGGCGGAGAUGACAGAGAUGAGAGGAUCGAGCAGCAGGCAGGAGGAGGAGGAGGAGGAGGAGGAGGAGGAGGAGGAGGAGAGGCGCUUCUGCGGAUUCAACGAGACGGAUCGCAUGCUAAAAGACCUGCUCUCGAGCAAGAAGAUCGAUGGCGGGCUCUACGGACACAUGAAAGUCGUCAGGAUGUACAACAUCAACUUCGCCGACAUGGUCUACGAUGCCCUGAAGCUCUACCGCGAUCACUUCUUCGAUCAGUCCCCACCUCCCUUCGCCAUAAUCAAGGACUACGGCGGCUCUCCACUCAUCGAGUGCAUCGAAGAUGCUUUCCGCAAGCAGCCGCUGGUGUACAAGAGGGGGAAACCUCCCCAAACGCUCAACUCGAUCAUUCAGAAGAUGCGAUCCAAGAACGCAAGUCAGCGGCGGCGGAACAACAGCGGGGAGUACAUCCAGUACAAGGAUCUGGCAGGCCUGCCUUGCAUCCUCCUCCUGAUCGAGAAGGGCAGGAUGGGCGACACGUUCCCCCAGUCCUUCAACUGUCUUGACAUGAGGAUCAGGUCCUCGGAGAACACGACGACGUUGAUCCAGGAGCUCGGACGACUUAGCAGAUACGCUGCCCUUUCUGACCCCAUCCCCUUCACAGACGUCGAACAUGCCCUCCGGAUCGCCAAGGAGCAGAGAUGGUUCGAGCAGGGCCUCCCGGCUGCCGUCUAUGCAGCAGAGGCUCCUGGCGUCAGCACGGGCACUAGGAUGGUGGGUGUGGCCUGGAGCUGCGAUGGCUGGACGGAAAGAAGCAUCCUGAAGGGGGAGGGAGGAGGCAAAAGCUUCAAGAUCAGGGAAGGGAACAUACUCGUCCUCGAAACCGUCAGGAGCGAUCUCGACCUCACCAACUGCAUGCUCUUGCACUUUCCGCAGGGCCAGAAGCGCGCCAAGGACUGCCCUCCCUCAUGGUCGGACGUUCUCUGCGUCGAGAUAGUCGAGCACGAGAGAGGGUCCAACGAAGUUCGCGUCCGCCAUCGGUCAGGCCCCUCCCUGUCCAGCUGCAGCGGGCGGUACGUCCUGAUGCGAGACACGUCGGCCCUCUGCUUCCUGGCAAGCACGGGCAACUGUCCAGCUGGAGGCGUGCUGAGGACAUUCGAGAACGAGCUGCCGUACGCCAUCGUGAGCAAGAAUCUGCACAGUGCUCUAGAGCGAGCGAUCUGGACGGCGGAGGAGUACAGCAGGGAGAUCUGGGAGUGCAUCAAGUUCAACGCGCCGCUGCACACGCACGUGAAGAAGAAGAGGAGGGGGAACAAGCCGCUCGAGAUCAACGAGCGGGUGAACGAGCUGCACGACUACCGGAGGAGCUAUGAAGCCGUCUCGAGGAAGGGCUCCGGCAGGGCCACGAUCGACCACUGCGACUGGUGCAAGAACGAGGACGUCAGCAAGAGGGGGCAACACUCGCUCCGCUUCCUCCUCUUUGCAGAGUGUCAGAUAGGAAAGACGGGAGCCUACCUCCACCUCCUCGACCUCCUCCGCGAGAAGAUCGUCGGCAGCCCUGAGCAAGACUUCGCGCACAUCCCUCCGGUCCAGCCCGGGUGCCUCCUCGACCCCCGCUGCUCGACCCCGACCUCUUGGACCCACCCGUACUGGAAGGAUCUAGCUGGGGUCCACAUGGGCAAGUCGAGGCUGCUGCAGCUGAAGGUGGGCAAGUACCACAAGCUUGUCAUCUUUCAGCGCCUGAAGCUCCUCCUCAAGUGCGUUGAGAAGUCGGGCACGUCGUGGGUCAAAAGUUACGUCGACGGGAUUUUCUCCCUCCCCUCCCCGGACAACCUGGAGGGAGAGUGUGUGCAGGCGAAGUGCAAGCAAGAAAGGCUCGAGAGCCUGAAGAAGCUGGACAGCUCGGCCCCAGUUGAGGUGCAGCUCGGGCCGUCGGAUGGAGGCUCGACGACGUUCAGGGUCACCGACGAGACGCAGCUGAAGGAGUUGCUGGAGUGGGACAUGAACGGGAAGGACGCGUGCUCGGUGGUGGAGGAGGUGCUGAGAGACGAGCUGACGACUCGCUUCAACGAGAAGAUGCUGAGAAAGACCAAGGGAGGCUUCUGUAUACCCUCCUCCUUCCACUCCUCCAACGCUCAGAGCGUCGCCUGGAAGUGCAGGGGGGGCGAGAGGGAGGAGGUGGAGGGGCAGCAGGUGAGUGCUCACGAGUUCGCUGCGAAGAAGCUCCAGGGACUCCCCUCGGCAAGGGAGAGGAAGAGACCGAUCCUGCUCACUCUGUCUGACCGCAUGAGAACCUUCAGCCUGUCGAAGCUCUUCGGGGAGGACAGGACCACUUGGCCGCAGAUCUCGUUUCCCUACGGUCAGGAGGAGGUGGAGCGGUACUUUCAGGUGGAGGACGGCAAGGUGACCGGGGCGAAGGAGGAGGAAGUGGAGGGGUCGAUUCGCAACUGGGUUUUCACGGCUUCGUAUGAGCGAGAUUCAGAGAGCUCGAGGAAGAAGGGGCGGUACGCGUUCCUCGACAGGAGCAGCGCGUUCAAGGAAGGGGGCAGGCAGGUCCCAGUCAGGCAGGUGCUGGUGGUGCGUCCUGACAGGAAGGAGCACGAGGGUCAGUUCAGUGCGUACAUCAACGACGCUGGCUCCAGCUACAUCAUCGUUGCCCUUCCUGCCCGCAUGAUCAUCAGCCGCUCUUUGGAGCAGCUCGGGUUCCGGAACAGCCAGUUCAUGGGACAGAUGACCGAGGGGGAGAGCCUGGUGUUGACGCCGGAGGUGGGAGGCAUCGGGUACGCGAGGUUGUUUUCUCAGCUCUUUGCGUACCUGCUGGGCCUUGACAGGAUCUGGAUGGUGGACGACAACGUCCUGGAGUGUUACGAGCUUGACCUGAACUGCCUGUACCAGAGCUCCCCUCCCCAGCACCGCACCCAGCCAGCCCCCUGCUCCUUCGCGCGCAUCAUGCUAAGCAUCCAGGACAUGUUCGAUCAGGAGCAGGGCCUGCCAGAGGCCCUGCUCAAGAAUCGUCAUGCCGCGUGCCCAACGACUGACAACUUCUUCACGCGCCAAACGCUGCACAAGCAGCAAGUCAGCUGCAAGGCAGUGAGAGGGGAGGAGGCGCAACAGGCGGCAGGAGGUCGGCAGAAGGAGGAGGCGCAGGCAGGAAGCUCGACCGUCAAGUCGAAGAGGGACUUCAGCGGAGACCUGAAGGGGUACGCGGUCAUAGGAAUCCAUAGGAACGUCAACUCGUACUUGAAGGUCAAGAACCCGUUCAAGCUCACCCACAGCGUCUACUCUUUCUUCCUCCUCAACGUCAGGUCCACCAUCAGCAAGGGCGUCCUGUACCCGCCGAAGCAGGUGUGGGAGGACGUCGAGUUCAACAUCAUGUGCGAGGAGCAGGGCCUUGCCGUGCUCAAGAUCAACCGUUUCUUCCACCACAAGCAGCAUGCAAGCUUCUUCGAUAGGAUCGAGCGAGCGGCAAGCAACCUCUCCGAACCCUGUCGCACCAUCCCCGUCCUCGUCAACGACAGGGCACUCGAGGUCGACGUUCCUGACUCUACCUUGCCCUCCUGUAAAGUAGUCUGGAAUCUCGUUCUCUCCCUCCUCUCCCAGCUCUGUAGCGGCGGAAAGGUGCUGGAAGCAGUGGCGCAGCUACGAACUGGUCGGCAGCAGCUGGAGCUGGAGGAGGACUACAGCCUGAGCUCGAGCUGGGAGGCUGCUAACGAGCUGUGCUCCUCGCUGGAUGUGCGCUGCAUGUUCCCGCUGGGCAAGGACGCGAGCGAGACGGUCACGAGGCCGGAGGGGAGGCCGCCUGCCGAGCCGUCGGCGAUGCUGGAGGCUGUGGUGAAGGCGGUGGAGGGUGCAGGAGUGAUGUACUACCCCCUUCGGACGGACAUGGCCGACGAGGCAGGGGCUGCCUGCAUGCUGUUCGGUGGAGAUGACUUGGCGUGGAGCGAGCUGAGUCCGAAGAGUGCGCAAGACUUCCAGGGGAAGGAGAGGUUGUGUCUCCUGUGGGACUGCUUCUCCGAUUUCUCUCUGCGCAUAUUUUUGAAGAGGUUGACGGAAAUUUUGACGAUCAACCGUCGGGUCCGCGAGAUGCACCUGAUCAUGCCGUACGAGAUGUAUGUCGAGCACGAGAAGCAGAUAGAAGAGCUAGUGCCAAAGUUUUCGGUAGGUGAGAAGUCGUUUGCGGUGACUUCAAGAAGAACGAGUGUUGUCCCGAGUUUCAAUCGAGAGACGAACAGCAGCGGCAACAACAGAACCGACAUCAACAACAAUAGCAACAACGACAUCAACAACAACAGCAACAACGACAUCAGCAACAACAGCAACAACAACAUCAACAACAACAGCAACAACAUCAACAACAGCAGUGACAUAAUGGCUGAUGCUGACGGGUCGAGCCGCUCUCUCGUAGUCCUCACAUGCCUACUCGACGGGAUGCCUGUCGAAUCCAACGGCUCGGCGUCGCUCUGUUCCUCUUCUUCGCGCCAAGAUGCGGGCAAGCAGGAGCCUGACGACUCUGACAGGAUCGAGAUCCUUGAGGACGAGGACGAGGAAGAGGAGGAGGAGAAAAAGAAGGAAGACGAAGAGGAAGUGAUGAAGGAGAAGGAGGAAGUGAUGAAGGAGGAGGAGGAGGAGGAGAAAGAGGUAAAGCAUGAUCCCGAGGAGGAGGAACACCACAACGAUGAGGACGCUGCUGCUGAUCCCACAGUAACAGACUCGGAUGAUGCUGACGAAGGACCGUCUUCUGUUGCUAGCGGAAGGCAGCAAGAGGAAGCUGCCGUAGCCGCAGCGGGGAAGCCGGAGAGGAGCAAGAAGAAGGAUACCGACUCAGACUCUGAUGAGGACACAUACCCCAAACGGAAGAUCGCAAGCCCGAGCAAGAAGCAGCGGGAGGAGGCGAGCAGGAAGACGAUGGAUGAGAUCAAGAAGGAUGUCCAGCGAGACUAUGAAGACGACGUUCCUUUAUCGAAGAUCACAAGCCCGAGCAAGAAGCAGCGGGAGGAGGCGAGCAGAAAGGAGCGGAAAGGGAGGAUCAAGAAGAAGGAUUCCGACUCAGACUCUGAUGAGGACACAUACCCCAAACGGAAGAUCGCAAGCCCGAGCAAGAAGCAGCGGGAGGAGGCGAGAAGGAAGGAGCGGAAAGGGAGGAUCAAGAAGAAGGAUUCCGACUCAGACUCUGAUGAAGACACAUACCCCAAACGGAAGAUCGCAAGCCCGAGCAAGAAGCAGCGGGAGGAGGCGAGCAGGAAGACGAUGGAUGAGAUCAAGAAGGAUGUCCAGCGAGACUAUGAAGACGACGUUCCUUUAUCGAAGAUCACAAGCCCGAGCAAGAAGCAGCGGGAGGAGGCGAGCAGAAAGGAGCGGAAAGGGAGGAUCAAGAAGAAGGAUUCCGACUCAGACUCUGAUGAGGACACAUACCCCAAACGGAAGAUCGCAAGCCCGAGCAAGAAGCAGCGGGAGGAGGCGAGCAGGAAGACGAUGGAUGAGAUCAAGAAGGAUGUCCAGCGAGACUAUGAAGACGACGUUCCUUUAUCGAAGAUCACAAGCCCGAGCAAGAAGCAGCGGGAGGAGGCGAGCAGAAAGGAGCGGAAAGGGAGGAUCAAGGAUACAGAGAGCUCCGACGACUUCAGCCCUCCGAGGGCAACCUUCACUCCCACCAAACCAGCGCAGGAGAAGCGCAAGGGCGAGGAUCAGGAGGAGGAGAGGAGCGCAAAGAAGGCGAAGACGAGCAAGUACCACCGGAAGUUGGAGAAGGAGUGGGAGGACCUGGUGAAGAGCGGGAGGAUAGUAGAAGGUGACGUCAUCAGCCACACCUCAAGCACUACUAGGAUUCCAAUCAAGGGGACCGUCACAGCGGACGGGAAGCUGCGCUGGCAGGACAACGGUGCCUCGAGAGUCUACGACAAUCAUGCUGGGCUCCUGCUGGGCAGCAACGACUACACCUGGGAGGACCUUCAACAGCGCUUCUCCAGGUGCAAGAAGAGCAUCUACGUCAAGUCCUCUAGCGACGGGACGUCGAAGAAGCUCAAGGAGCUGCUCAAGGGGUUGGGCAAGAACAAGUGA